CCAUUUUUCAUUAUUGAUUUUGCCGCCAAAAUAUUUGUUACCUAUGUCUUAUACGCCUUAUACCUAAAUGAAUUGUUGUGAUAGUUUUAUAGUGCUAUAAUAGAUUGCAUUUUAAUUUUUGGUUUUGUAUGAAUACCUCCUGAAUUAUUAUAAUAUAGGAGUUAUCAUAAUAUAAAAUAUAUUUCUGUGACUCUUAACUACACUUCAAUAAUUGUCAUCCAACAUGUCUAGAGGAGACAUACAAUACUCAACAAAAUAUGAAGACAAUAUGUAUAUUUACAGACACGUAAUCUUACCAGAAGACAUGGCCAAACUCUUACCUAAGACUCAUUUGAUGACUGAAACUGAGUGGCGAAAUCUUGGCAUUCAGAUGACAUCUGGCUGGAUGCAUUACAUGAGAUAUGAUCCAGAACCUCAUAUAGUGCCAUUUAGACGACUUAAAAUAGCAAUAGAUUCACAGAUUACUCAAUAAAGUGAUAACUAAGUAUAAUGAGUUGUAAUUUUAACUAUUAUGUAUUUAUAUAAAUAAGACAAUUUCACAAAUAAUGUUUAUAAUUAUACAAUUUUAAUAUUUUG